CCAAGAAAGGCACUUCCCCACUGAAGGGUUAAAAUGAGUGCCCCAUUGGUUCCCAACAAGUCAUGUUAUACUCAGGUGCAAGACAACAGAAAUGGAGUGAAAAAUAAUAAUGAAAGCAUCCCAAGCCUGGGAGAUACAAAUGCCAACCAAGUCACAUCAGAGGUAAAUCCCUCUGUUGGUGAGACCAAGAGAUGUGGUCUUGUAGAAGAAAUUGGAAAUGGAAACGUAGGUGGGUCAGAGACUAUCACCCAGCUUCACAAGGAGUUUCACCAACUUCAUGGAUAUGGUAAAGAAGCCCAGAGUGGCCACAUCAGUCUGAAGGAGUUUAAGCUUGCUUCUACUACUCUAAGGAGGGAUCUGGGUGAAGAAUACGUGGCAGAAGAAGCUGUAGAUAUCAUGUCGAUUCCUCAGCUGAUCCAGGGACCAGAGCUAUCCAGUCUGAAAAGUGUUGUGCAUGGGACCCACCCAGAGGUUCUUGCUAUAAGUGAAGCUGACAUUAUUCAGCAUGUGUCUAGGGAGAAACUGGCCAAAACCCAGGGUAGCAAAGAACUGAAAAGGCAUUCUUUGGAAAGAGCAAGCAGCUUUCCUGCUAAAAUGGAAGCAUUCACAAAAGAGCAUGCCAGUAGCCUGGCUCAUAAACACUUCCAGCCUGCUUUGCUUGAUUCCAUUGAAACAUCAUCACAUCACGUUGCUGGUGGUACAGAGAUAUCAGAGACAACAUCAGCGGAUCACCUUCUAAGGGCAGUGUUUCAUCCACAUGACAAUACCUCAGAGGAAAAGAUUGUGUUUUAUCCUAAACCAUCUACCUCAGAAACCAAGGACACUGUUCUCCCAGAGACCCACACGGAUGGGAGAAAUUCUCCGGAUAUCAGCAUGAAAAGCACACCCCAUCCUGCUCACAGAGAUUCUCCUCUCAUUUUCACUGCAGCACUUGAGGGGAUCUUGAACAAGCCAGAAGCACAAGUAGGUCAGGAAGAGGAGGGGCCCAAAUUGGAGGUGAAAAAUGUACCGACCCUGCAGCCUGAGAUUGUUUGGGAGCAAAAAAUGCUCCAAGUUGAAAGCCUAGACUUGCCUAAGGUAGAAAGCGUGGUGACACUGGGGAAGAAAGGUUGGAUUGAGGAAAAAGAGGGAGGAAGAAACCCUCUCCUUCAAGGCCCAGAUGCUGUUCUAAGUCAAGUAACAACUUAUGCAAAUGACGGUCAAGUCCUUUCAGAGUUGGGGAGAGGAAGUAGGAGUGAUGAGAAGAUAAAUACUCUGUGUGAUGAAGGGUCAGUAGCUACUGCCCAGAAGCUGGGGUCCAUUCUCCCUGUUGCCUUAGGGACUGACAGUGAUCAGCUCGGUGGUGAAGGUAUACUAGACACAGCUAAGUGCUUGGGUGAAGCUGUCCUGGGUAGCAUUCCCAUAGUUGAUGGUCACACAGCAUUUUCUCCUGAUGGUCUAACUGAGAGCAAACCUGAGAAUAAAGGCAUGGGAGUUGGAGGAACCCUCCCAGUUUUAGCUCUGGACCCUUUGGGUCAAUCAAAUGGUGAAAGUGUGUCUUUUGAACAUCCCAUUCAUCAGGACAGUGGUUUAGAAGCAAUGAAGGUUCAUCAGGCUGCUGCCACUCCUGAAAAUAAACCCCUUCCUGAUGAAGCGGUCAGUGAGGUCGAGACAGUUACAGGAAGAACAGUUGGCCCUCUUAGUGUCCCUAGACCAUUCCAGGCAGUGACAGCUGUGGAUGUGAACCACCAGCCCACACCAUCCAACAGCAAUCUGAAGGACCUUUGCCCAUUUCAGAACGACACGGUAUCAUCUUCUACCAUCCUACCUCCCGUCGACAGUGCACAGUUACUGAAUAUGUCUUCUAAAGUGCCUAAUAAGACUGCUUGCAACAGUGGGAUUCCCAAGCCAAUCCUGGUGCAUUCCAAGGACUCUCUUCCCAACCAGGGAGAGACUGAGAGUGACUUUGUUGAGAGACCUGAAGAAAAGUUGGAAACAGAGCCCAUUAUCAUACCUAAACCCAAACAUGUGAGACCCAAAAUCAUCACUUAUAUCAGGAGGAAUCCUCAGGCCCUUGGCCAGGUGGAUACUUCGUUGGUUCCAAUGGGGCUUCCUUAUGCCACUCCAUCAUGUGGCAUGCCCCUGCCAAAAGAUCAGAAGACAUCAAGUGGUGACCUCAAACCAGCCACUAACCUCUAUGAAAAAUUCAAACCAGACUUGCAGAAACCACGAAUCUUUAGUUCUGGAUUGAUGGUAUCCGGAAUUAGGCCUCCAGGACAUCAUUUUAGUCAAAUGAGUGAGAAGUUUUUGCAGGAGGUUGCAGACAGACCUGGGAAAGAAGAAUUUUGUUCACCCCCAUAUACCCACUAUGAAGUACCUCCAACUUUCUACCGAUCUGCCAUGCUUCUUAAACCCCAGCUGGGGUUGGGUGCGAUGUCCCGCCUGCCCUCCGCCAAGAGCAGGAUUCUGAUUGCAAGUCAGAGGUCUUCGGGUACUUCUCUUCAUCCGCCAGGACCGAUUGCAAAUGCUACCAAUCUCUAUCAUUCUGAUCCUUCAGCUGAUUUGAAGAAAGCCUCCGGUUCAAACGUCGCAAGAGCCAACCUCCCCAAAUCUGGACUUCGCCCUCCUGGGUAUUCCCGUCUCCCAGCAGCUAAACUGGCCGCGUUUGGUUUCGUCAGGAGCUCCAGCAUCUCUUCUGCCUCCAGCAACCAGUCAGCGGACAGUGUCCAAAGCGACCAGAGCAAAACAGCCCACCGUUCCAGCUUUGUGAAUGAAGACCAACCUGCUCCAAAGGCAGCUGUGCUUUCUAAAGAUGCACCCAAGGGUACGGGUCGGACCACCGCACAAGCAGCCAACAUUGUGACCACUCCCCGCCGGAGUCUGCUUCCUGCCCCAAAACCAACUUCCACUCCUGCUGGAUCAAAGAAGGAAGUGCAGAAAGAUCAAGAAGCGAAUAAACCUGCUGUCUCAUCGCCUAAAAGAUUGGCAGCUUCAACUACGAAACUUCACUCACCAGGAUACCCAAAACAAAGGGCUGCUGUUCCAAGAAAUGGGUUUGCCACCAAACCAGAUCUACAGGCCCGGGAGGCAGAAAGACAAUUUGUUCAGCGACUGAAGGAAAAGUGUGAAGAUCAAUCCAAGCAGCUCAGCUAUGUUCAGGGAGAACUGAAAAGGGCCAUUCAAGGCUUUGAAGUGUUUGCUGUGUCUACUCAACAUUUCUUUGGAAAGAAUGAAAGUGCCCUUGUGAAAGAAAAAGAGCUGUCAAUCGAACUUGCAAACAUCAGGGAUGAAGUUGCCUUUAAUACAGCAAAAUGUGAGAAAUUACAAAAAGAGAAAGAGGAUCUGGAGAGAAGGUUUGAGGAUGAGGUGAAGAGACUCCGUUGGCAGCAGCAGGCUGAACUCCAGGACUUGGAGGAAAGGUUGCAGCAACACUAUGUGGGAGAAGUGAAAUGCUUACAGGAGGAACACCGGAUGCAGCUAACGAGGCUCAAGUGUCGGCACCAGGAGCAGGUAGAAGACAUCUCAGCCACCCACGAGGCUACCUUGUUAGAGAUGGAAAACAACCAUUCUGUUGCCAUUGCUGUCCUCCGGGAUGACCAUGAACACAAAGUUCAAGAACUGAUGUCUGCCCAUGAGCUUGAAAAGAAGGAAUUGGAAGACGGUUUUGAAAAACUGCGGUUGUCGCUCCAGGACCAGGUUGACACCCUCACAUUCCAGAGCCAUUCUCUGCGGGAUCGGGCUAAACGAUUCGAGGAGGCUUUGAGAAGAAGCACGGAGGAGCAGCUGGAGGUAGCGCUGGCUCCCUACCAGCACUUGGAAGAAGACAUGAACAGUCUGAAGCAAGUCCUGGAGAUGAAGAAUCAACAAAUUCACCAACAGGAAAAGAAGAUUAUCGAGCUGGAAAAGCUGGCUGAAAAGAAUAUUAUCCUAGAAGAAAAAAUCCAAGUGCUCCAACAGCAAAAUGAAGACCUCAAAGCAAGAAUUGACCAGAACACUGUUGUCACGAGACAGUUGUCAGAGGAAAAUGCUAACCUUCAGGAGUAUGUGGAAAAAGAAACAAAGGAGAAGAAGCGGUUAAGUAGAACCAAUGAGGAGCUGCUUUGGAAACUCCAAACUGGGGACCCCACCAGCCCAAUUAAACUCUCCCCCACGUCCCCCAUUUACCGCUCUUCCUCGGGGCCUCCAUCGCCAGCCAAGAUGAGCACGGCUCCGAGAUGACAGUUUCAGUCUUCAUAUGCCCCCCAGCUUCUCGGAUCCCCUGAGAGUUUUCAUCCUAAGAGAGUAUUAACAUGAGUAGGUGAUACCUGAGGUCUGUUAUUGUCUGCAUGCUUGGUAGUGGCAUUCCCAUGGCCUAGACGGCGUGCUCUUCUCAUUUCAGUCUAAGAAGUUUUUGGUCUUGGCCCUCCGAUGUCCUCGCAAAGUGUAACCCUUGUAGUCUGGCGUGCAAACUUUUUUUUUUUUUUUUUACUAUAGUUAGAGCCAAAAGACAGAAAGCUCUGAUGACUGA